GCACUACACUCUCACUCUACCCACACCUACAAAGCCUUUUUCCUCUCUCUCUCACUUCCAUUUCCUCUCUCUCAAGGAAAAAAUGAGCGUCCGAAGCGGGUCGCACCAGCUGAGUAACGGGCUGAUGGUCUCGGGCCGGCCCGAGCAGCAGCUCAAGGAGCGCCAGCCCACAAUGGGCUCACGCGCCGUUCCCUACACCGGCGGCGACGUUAAGAAAUCCGGCGAGCUCGGAAGAAUGUACGGCGUCGACCUAUCCAGCGGGGAACACCACCACCACCCGCCGCCGGUUGUCCCCUCGCGCCAGCCCUCCUCCUCCCAGCACAACAGCGGAUCUGCUAGAUCCGGCCCCAAUUCCGGCCAAAUGGGGAAGAAUUCGGGGCCUAUGAGCAAGAAGUCCUCGUCCUCUUCCUUCUCCGGGCCGAUGACGCCGAUUCAGCCCACCGGCCUCAUCACCUCGGGCCCGCUCAGCUCGAACCGGAGGUCGGGGCAGCUGGACGCACCGGCGGCGCCGAGCUCGUUCAAAAAGGCGGCUUACGGCUCCGCAGUCACGAGCCUAGGCGACGAGGUGAAAUUAGGGUUUAAGGUUUCGAAGGUGGCAAUGUGGAUGUUUUUAGUGGUGGUGGUGAUGGGGCUGGUGGUCGGGGUGUUUCUCAUGGCGUCCGUCAAGAAGCCGGUCAUUCUGGUGGCGGUGGCGGCGCUAUUGGUGCCGAUUGUCGUCAUUUUUGUGUGGAAUUACGCCUACAGGAAUCGCGGCGUGUUGGGAUUCUUAAACAAUUAUCCAGAUGCUGAGCUCAGGGGCGCCGUUGAUGGGCAGUUCGUCAAGGUCACCGGGGUUGUCACUUGUGGCAGCAUACCCCUUGAAACUUCUUUCCAGAAGGUACAAAGAUGUGUGUAUGCAUCCUCAGAAUUAUAUGAAUAUAGAGGCUGUGGUGCAAAACCAGCUAAUGCCAAACAAAGAUGGUUUUCUUGGGCAUGCACAUACUCGGAGAGGCAUGUUGCGGAUUUUUAUAUAUCAGAUUUUCAGUCUGGUUUGAGAGCUCUUGUAAAAGCAGGCUAUGGUGCUAAGGUUGCCCCUUUUGUGAAAUCGAAAGUAGUAGUUGAUGUCACCAAGGACUCCAGCAAAUUGUCUCCAAACUUUCUACGCUGGCUUUCUGAACGAGGCAAGUCGAGUGAUGACCGUCUAACGCGGCUUAAAGAAGGAUAUAUAAAAGAAGGAAGUACCGUGAGUGUUAUGGGUGUGGUUCGACGACUGGACAACGUGCUCAUGAUCGUCCCACCUUCUGAGCCGGUCUCAACCGGUUGUCGCUGGCCAUGCUGCCUUCUGCCGACAUACAUUGAAGGCCUUACUUUGACUUGUGAUGAUAGUCAAAAUGCAGACGUGAUCCCUGUGUAAAUGAAGCGUCUUUUUUGUCUUUGGUUUUUGGCAAACAAACACGUGGACAGUGGAAUGUAUGAGAUGUAAUGAAGAUCCAGCGGAGAUCCACUGUGCAUAGUUUUGGUUGAUGAAGAAGGUGUGAAAUCUAUAAGCAUGGUAGAUAAACAAUACACAUUACGGAGACGGGUAACGUUCCCUACGAGCAAGUGGGCUUCUUUGAUUGAUAUGAGUGUAUAGAAGCCAUCAAUCUGGGUCAAGCUUUGUAUAUUCUCCAUUUCUUCUUUCACUCCAUCAAUGUCAAAUGUGAAUUUAUAUGUUGUCACUCAUUUUGUUUUAUAAGUAUCAUGUUAAUAUCAGAUUGUUAAAUUCAGCCUCA